GAAAAACGUGACUACGUGGGGCAACAUUGCAGCCAAUGGUACAAAGUGAGUCAGACAACAGGAAACCAGCUGAACAUUGUGUUUCUCCUUCGCACAUUUUUCCCACAGCAAACAGCAUCAAACAGGGUCGCAGGAGCACAGAGGAGUCCCAGCUCUCUCCGGACAUGAGAGUGUCUCUGACAGGGAGGACGCGUUCAGGAAGCCAGCGAUAAAGCGGAGAAUGCGAAGAGGAAAACGAUGUGCUCCACGGAUAGAAACGCGGAGCUACAAACGACAUCGUCCGACCCGGCUCUUAUCCUGGAGCUGAAGACCAGGCGUCCACCGUCCUUGGAGGGCCGAGCGGGAUGCGAGACCUGGAGCGUGGACUUCUCCCCGGACGGAGCCUGGUUCGCCUGGUCGAUGGGACACGGGAUCGUGUGGGUGGUCGCCUGGCCCCUCGACUCCGAAGAUAGUCAGAAUGGAGAGACUGACAGAGGAGACAAGAGCUUCAGUUGUGGUCACCCAGUAUGGGGCCUCGCAUUCGGACCCAGACCUCCAAAAUCUACUGCGGCAGGACACCCAGCUAAAAGACCACCAAAAGGGAACAACAGCCUGCUUCUGGCCACAGGCUUGGAGAACGGGGUGAUCAAAAUCUGGAAUGUGUUAACAGGUGAUGCUGUGUUUGAUCUCCACGGCCACGAAGGUGUUGUGAGGGACCUGGUCUUCCCUCAGAACGGGACGCUCACGCUCAUAUCCUCUUCUCGGGACAAGACUUUGAGGAUUUGGGACCUGGCUCAUAAAGGUAAAAAGGUGCAGGUGCUUUCUGGCCAUAAAGACUGGAUCAGCAGCUGCAGUGUCUCAUCAGACUGCAGCAUGAUCGCCUCUGUCGGCAGAUUUGACAGAAUGGUGUGUCUGUGGAGUCUGCGGUCGUAUACGUUCAUGAGGAACCUGACAGGAGGGACCCGUAAGACCUUGUACCUCCUGUCUUCCUGUGACUUCUCUCCUGACGGGGCGCUGCUCGCCACCGCAGCCUUCAGUGGCUCCAGCUGGUGGAUCGACCUCUGGGACCCGUACACUGCAGAGAAACUGGCCACCCUGGUCGACUACUUUGAAGAUUACGGGCAAAACCAAAUCUCAGCAAUACAGUUUUCCCCCAACGGUUUGUACUUGGCGAUCGUAACUGACGACAGAGCUCUUCGGAUCUGGGAGCCAGGAAAGAAAGGGAUGGUGAUGCUGACCAAGGCAGACCGAGACUCUAAUGGACUCUGCUGCAACUACCAUCCAGGAGGGGGAGUGGUUGCCACGGGAACCAGAGACGGCCACGUGAGGUUCUGGAAGGCUCCGCGUACGGUGCCCAGCCUGUGCCACCUGUGCCGAUCCAUCCUGCGCCACUCGGUGUCCACACACCAGAUGGAGCCGCUGCCCCUCCCCAAGAGGAUUCUCGAGUACCUCACCUACAGAAACAUCCCCGACCACCUCAAGACCUGCUGCUCCUCAGAUGAAGAGGAGUGGGAAGGCUAAAUAGGAGCACUAACACAAUAACCACUGACAUUUACAGCAAGUGAUUGUUAUACACUAUCUCAUAAUAAUUUGUUUUUGUUUGCUAAUCGAGAUGCUUUCAAAGCUUGUUUGAGCACUGGAAGCAUCUCUCAGCCCUUGUCCACACAGCAUGCGUGAGCUACCUCGCUGAACUGCUGCAGCUCACACACAGAGAGCGUUUCUACUGCGGCGCUGCUAAUGCCAGCCCCGUCGUUCUACGUUGAGUUUCUUUGAUAAAUACGAUGAAAGCCUUGUUUACAAAUGAAUGGAUUCUGUCUACAGAAACACUAAGGAGCUUUUGAUUUCUGAAACAGAUGCAGGAAGUCUUGAGUUUGAAUUUUUUUCCCCCGUAUGUGACAUUCUAUAGCUAUACACUGAAACUGUAGUGAGAUGAGAACACUGGCUGCUCUGACCUGUCAACAUGAGCAGCAAAAAAAAGAA